CAAGCUGACAGUCUACAAAUGUGUCUGUGGAUGGCUGUUAAUUCAAAAACCUGUUUUCCCUCUAUUGAGCCUGUUCUGUUGAAAUCCAACAAACCCUUGUGUGUGUUUGUGUGUGUUUCCCCCCCCAAUAUACAGGAUUACAGGUCUUUCGGGUCUAUUCCAAUGCAGCCUCAGCAAUGGAAGCAAAAUUUUGCUGCUUUUUUAAGCAGUAACUUUCCAUCGCAGGCCACCAGCUGCAGUAAGAGGCGUCAAGAGUCUGAAUCCACACCCCAGAAGACAAAGAAAUUGAGAACUAAUUCAGAGCAAACGCACCAGGCAUCGGAUAUGGAGAUAGAGUCAGAUCAUGACACGCCCCAAAGGGGAUCUGAUGGUUUCCAGUUCCACCCACCACUCCCUCCUGGUUGUUCAUCCUUGAGCGUUCCUCCACCUCUACCGCUGGGAACGCCUCCAAGCACACCUCCAGUUCCUAAGGGCACUCCUCCAGCAACUCCACCUACAAGUGAUUCUCCAUCCACCCAAGGGAGGGGAAUGACGGAGGGGGAGGAGUCAGAGGAUGGGCUGACUUUGGAGGAACUGGAGGAGCAACAACGGCUGCUUUGGGCAGCUCUUGAAAAGGCAGACACUACAACCAACAGUGAUUCUGAAGCUGGAGCUUCUGGGACCCCCAUCCCAAGUUCACCCAGUGUUGUCACUUCGCUUAAGCUUGACACCGAGAAAGAAGGAGAAAAGAUGGAGGACUUGAGUCAUGCUUUUGAAAUCCAGAGCACACCAACUUCACCCGGUGAUCCAGUAACUAAUUGCGAGGGUGAGAUAGGAGAUAAAACAACCUGUGAUGGUCAGGAAAAACAUUCAGUCAAUGAAAACGUGAUCGAUUUGAGUGAUAUUAUCGUCCUGGAUGAAAUUUACGAGGAAAACGGUAAUAAUGACGCAACGAAUGAAACUUCAGCAUCUCCACAGAUAAGCACACAAGAGUCGAACGCUCAAGUGGCUGAUGACACGGAGGAACCUGCCAUGAAUAAAGUAGCUUUCGUCCCGCACCGUAGCAGAUUUGCUGAGGGAAUAAUUCCUUUUGAGGACACUCCUGAGUUUACAGAAGUUGCUGAAGCAACGGGGGUUUACCUCAAGAUUCGAGAUUUACUAAAAGGCUCUCCAAGAAAUCAGGCAAAAAACAAGAAAUAAUUCAAGUCGUCUGUUUUUACUGCCCA